UCAACAAAACAUGGGCUCCUGGAAGUUUCUACUCAAGAUCAUAUCCUUUAUAUUAUUUUGUCCUGCAUUAAAAGUUGGUGCAGCUCCAUCAGUUUAUGUUAAUAAUGUAGAUGCGGGAGAAUUACGUGAGGAUAUCCUUGACAUUAAUCUUGCUUCUCAGAGACAUUUGUUUGAAGGCGAUAUUGCAAUUGAUCCUGGAAGAAAUGCACUCAGAAAUGAAACCACUAGAUGGAAGUUUCCAAUUCCCUACAUUCUGACUGAUUCUUUAGAUUUAAAUGCAAAAGGUGUCAUUCUCCAAGCUUUUGAAAUGUAUCGCUUGAAAUCUUGUGUGGACUUCAAGCCUUAUGAAGGAGAGCAAACAUUCCUGUCCUUUCAAAAGCUAGAUGGAUGUUGGUCCUAUGUUGGAGAUUUCCAUGAAGGUCAAAAUGUGUCCAUUGGUGAAAGGUGUGACACAAAGGCAAUUGUUGAGCAUGAAGUACUUCAUGCUCUGGGUUUUUAUCAUGAACAAUCCAGGACAGACCGUGAUGAUUAUGUAAAAAUUUGGUGGGAUGAAAUUAUUCCUGGAAGAGAACACAACUUUGUCAAAUACGAUGAUGAAUUCAUUACUGACUUGAACACGCCAUAUGAUUAUGAAUCCAUAAUGCAUUACAGACCUCUUUCCUUCAACAAAAAUGAAAGUGUGCCAACCAUUACAACUGUAAUACCAGCCUUUAAUGACAUCAUCGGGCAACGUCUGGAUUUCAGUACUCUUGAUUUGGUUAGACUGAACCGAAUGUACAACUGUACUUCUUCCAUUACACUUCUUGACCAGUGCUCCUUUGAGUUAAACAAUAUCUGUGGCAUGAUACAAAAUGAGGAGGACAGCGCAAACUGGGGUCAUACUCUGAGUGUGCCAGGAAUAGAGGAUCACACUCUACUCGGGCGGUGCAGAGAUGCUGGAUAUUUUAUGCACUUUGAUGCAUCUAAUGGACAAGUGGGCAGAAGUGCGCUCCUGGAAUCUCGUAUUCUAUACCCAAAGAGAAACCAACAAUGCCUUGAAUUCUUCUACAAAAUAAAAGGAGACCCAAAGGAUUUGCUGGUGAUCUGGAUUAAAAUGGAUGAUGGCUCUGGGAAUCUCCGGAAACUUGUGAAAGUAAAAACUAUCAAAGGUGAUGGACAGGACUCCUGGAAAAUUGCUCAUGUGAAUCUUAAUGUCAGAAGCAAAUUUCGUUACAUCUUCCAGGGUAUUGUGGGAUCCCAAAACACAACUGGUGGUAUUUUUGUUGAUGAUGUCACUCUGACAGAAACUAAAUGCCCUGGUGCUGUCUGGCAAAUUCAGAACUUCACCAGUCUUCUUCAGACUCCUGGAACAGCGUAUGUAAAGGAAAGUCCAAUCUUUUACAGCCCUGAAGGCUACAGGUUUGGAAUAACAUUACAUUCUCAUGGCCCAAUGAAUUCAACAUAUGUCAACUACACAAGGGUUUACUUUCACCUGUUCAGCGGUGAGAAUGAUGAAGCUCUGGAGUGGCCAGCACAGAACAGGCAAGUCACAAUCAUUGCCAUGGAUCAAGACCCUGAUGUAAGACUCAGAAUGUCAGUUAGCAGGAGCUUCACUACCAAUACAGAAUCAGUGUGGAACAAGCCAUCCAUAAAUGGAGAAUGGGAUCCAGUAUGUAACUGUUUCAAAGGACAUGAAUUUGGAUGGAACACCUUUGUUUCACAUCAACAGUUAUUCAGAAGGAGUUUCCUGAAAAACAAUGACCUAAUUUUACUUAUAGAUUUUGAAGAUUUGACUCACUUGGUGAAGACAGGAGUACCUGUUAAACCGAGAAAUCCCAGUGGCAAUCGCAACCCCAUGGAAGAUGCUCUAAACUCUGUCAACAUCCCAAAACCACGACAAGUACGAUCUGCACCCACUGAACUCUGCCACCCUAACUUCUGCCUCAAUGGCGGUGUGUGCAUGACAAGAAAUGGAAAACCCACCUGCAGGUGUGCUUUGGGCCAGAUGUCUGUCUUCUUCGGUGAGAGGUGCGAGAAGCAGCAGGUCAAUGGGCAUGCUGUGGGAGUGAUGAUUGGAGGAGCAACAGGCACACUUGCCUUGAUGAUAACUAUCAUUGCAAUCAUCCUUAAAAGACGUUAUUAAACAUGAAUUGUCUUCCUUAUAUAUAUAUAUCCAUACAGUAUAUCACGCAUGAAACAUAGCCAUUAAUUGAGUUAUAACACCAUUGGAAUUAACUUUUAAAAUAUUUGUAAAUUCUGUUUAAAAAAUAAUUGAAACCCAAGAUUUAAAUUCCAAUACUAAAUUGUUCCACCAUUAUUUCUUUUUAUAGGAACAUUCAUCUCAUUCAUCUUGUAUUAUCAUCUUGUCUUUUGCUUUGCAUGUAAAUUUCUAAGAUUAUUAAUGAUUGAUGCAAAUGUUUCAUUGACUUUAUAGACAGGAUGUUCCAACUUGGGGAUGGUCGAUUAGCACCUUUUUAUUAACUUUUAAUUAAAUGUAUGUUUGCUCUAUAUUCAGGAACUGGUCCCAUAGAAAGUGACUGCUGUAAUGUUGUUGCUAAGGUUUUAUUAAAGCUACAUUUCCUUGCAUAUGACUCAUGAGUAUAUGGGUCAAAUUUAUAACAUUAGGAUUAGGAUUAUGCAUAACCAUAAUUAGGACUACAGACAAAUAAAUUAAUAUAUGAUUUAUAUUACAGUAUUAUAUUAUGCACAGUAAGUGUAAUGGAAGAAGUACAGUAGCUCUCAUGGAAGAUUUUAACUUUCCUUUCACAUUUUGUUAAAAAAACAAUAUUGUAGCAUCCCGCUCUAGAAUUGCUUCAGUGACUUUUCCCCUUCUCCCCAGGGUCACUUUUCCCAUAUUUUCACCAUAUAAGGGUUAAGAGACAAUGCUUACCUUUUCUCCUUCAUGUUCUUAAGGAAAGCACAUGUUUCCCUCUCUAUGCUUGUCUCCCAUUGUAAAAUAAAAGGGCAAUAAAGCUUCCCUUUGAGCCUGCAA